AUGGAGUGCAUAAAUGGAGAGGAUAUAUAUAAUUGGGGUAAAAGGAGAAGGGUGGAUCUUAAGUGUAGUGUGGGUAUUGGAGGAAAUUUAGUAGAUAUAUCUGAUGAGGAGGUACUUAAAGAAGUGAAGAAAUGGUAUGGGAUUAAGGACCCACACAUAUGUGAUAAAUGGAGAGGUAAUUUGGGAACGAUAUGUGCUGUAUUAUUAACUAACAGUAAUGAAUUAGAUCCAUCCUUAAUCCCUGCUAACAUUAUGCUAGAGAACGUUCCAGGUAGAGGAUUGAAAAUUAUUUGGCCUAUGAUUCCUCAUGAUCUCAGUGAAGAAGCCACAAUAGAGUGUGAUAGCAGAACAAAUAUAGGAGAAGGAGGGAAUACAGGAGGUAGUUAUUCUAUAGCUGGAGAGCCAGAAACAGACAUUCCUAGAGGUGAAGAUGGUACUGAACAGAAUGUAGAUGCAGUCAUGGAUAAAGUAGUUAGUCAUUUUGAACGAUGGCACUACGAGGGAGGAUAUAGAAGGUUAAGAAUAUUUUCGGGAAUUAUGCCAGUACCCGCAGGAGAGGAAAACUAUGAUACCUGGAAAGAAACAGCUACUCAACAGUCGGAAGAAUGGAGAUGCCCCGAACACAUAAAAAAACAAAGGAUUGUUGAGAGUUUGAGGGGUCCAGCUAUGGGCAUUAUCCAUGCUACAAGAAGAAGUCAGCCAAACUCCACCCUAAAAGAUUACUUUGAAGCCUUAGAUUACUCAUUCGGAACAUUAGAGGAUGUUGGUGAUAUUCUGGCAAGAUUAAAUCAUACCUAUCAAGAACCAAAUGAAUCUCUCACUAAAUAUAUCUAUAGAAUAAAUAAAAUCCUGUAUAAGCUAUUGGACAAAGGGGGAAUAGAAGAUAAAGAUAUAGAUGAAUGGAGGAUGAAACAUCUUUUGCGUGGAGCUCUUACCAACAAUCCGGUAGCACAGAGAUUAAGAUGUAGUCUGGCCCAGAGUCCUCCUUUCACGUUAGGAGAAUUGAUUAGGGAAGUGAAAUUGGAGGAAGUACAGAUUGAAAAUAGAGAAAAAAGUGUGAAACGUGUCAAAGUAGUAUUGCCGACAGCCGAAAAUAAUUUAGCAUCUGAAAAAUUAUAUAAAUUAAUGGAAGAACAAAAUAAGAAACUAGAUCAAUUGAUUACUCUACAAACCAAUCUAUCGGUUUCACCUGCUAUAACUCCUCUGGGAAGAGGAAGGGGGAUUAAUAGGAGGAAUGAUAAUAGGACUAAUUACAACAACUUCACCUGUUAUAAUUGUGGACAGUUUGGUCAUAGAGCUUUCGAAUGCAUUCAAGGGGGAAAUAUACGAAGGAACACCUCUAGGGUAGAAAGAUCUUCACCACUGACGGAAAACUCCAAUGGGACGCCGAUGAACCCCGCAUCGACGCCCAACUUAUAA